UCUCUCGACCACGUGGAGCACACAAGCCGUGGCAAAUUGACUCUAGGGUUUAUAGAUCGACCGCUCGGAUCGUUCUAGGGCCGCGCAUUCUAUGCUCGCAGCUGCUUGGAAUCUCUGUCUGGCAGCUCCAAUCGUCCGGAAAGAUUCAGGCCUUUCGCCUCCCCGGCUGAGCUGCUUCCAUCGCGUCCGAUCCGUGCACUUCCGCGCCUCGAUCGCUUUGCGGCAGCGACAGGAGAUCGCAAUGGUGUCGGGGCAUCCAUUCGAGAGUAUUCUCACUUCCUUGUCCAAGGACGACGGUGGGGAGUAUGGGAAAUAUUACAGCCUUCCAGACUUGCAUGAUCCACGAAUUGAGAAGCUGCCUUACUCGAUCAAGAUUUUGCUGGAAUCGGCCAUUCGAAACUGUGACAACUUCCAGGUUACAAAGGACGAUGUAGAGAAAAUUGCCGACUGGGUUAACACUGCUCCAAAGCUAGUGGAAAUUCCUUUCAAGCCUGCUCGAGUUAUCCUCCAGGAUUUCACUGGUGUACCAGCUCUGGUGGAUCUAGCUGCAAUGCGGGAUGCUAUGAAGAGGCUCGGUGGCGAUCCCACAAAAAUCAAUCCUUUGAUACCUGUCGACCUCGUGAUUGAUCACUCCGUACAAGUCGAUGUCGCUCGCUCGGCUAAUGCCGUCGCGAGCAACAUGCAGUUUGAGUUUAAUCGCAACAAGGAAAGGUUUGCGUUUCUGAAGUGGGGAUCGGUUGCCUUCAAAAACAUGCUGGUGGUUCCUCCUGGUUCUGGUAUUGUCCAUCAGGUGAAUCUGGAGUAUCUCGCUCGAGUAGUGUUCAACAGAGAUGGCUUUCUUUAUCCGGAUAGCUUGGUUGGUACUGAUUCGCACACCACCAUGAUAGACGGACUUGGAGUUGCCGGAUGGGGAGUUGGAGGAAUCGAAGCGGAGGCAACAAUGCUUGGACAGCCAAUGAGCAUGGUUCUUCCGGAAGUCGUGGGGUUUAAGCUAGUAGGCAAACUUCAGGCUGGAGUCACUGCAACAGAUCUGGUCCUUACUGUAACGCAAAUGUUGAGGAAACAUGGUGUGGUUGGGAAGUUUGUUGAGUUUUACGGCGAGGGUGUCAGCUGCCUUUCACUAGCUGACCGAGCAACUAUUGCUAACAUGUCGCCGGAAUAUGGUGCUACUAUGGGAUUUUUCCCUGUCGAUCAGAUGACCUUAAAUUAUUUAAGCUUGACAGGCCGUGAUGCAGAGAAGGUGAAAAUGGUCGAAGCUUAUUUGCGUGCAAAUGAUAUGUUUGUGGACUAUUCUCAGAAACAACCUGAGACGGUCUAUUCAGCAUAUCUAGAGCUCGAUUUGGGAAGCGUUGAACCCUGCAUUUCUGGACCUAAACGUCCGCAUGAUCGGGUUUCUCUUAAGGACAUGAAGGCUGAUUGGCAGGCCUGCCUAGACAAUAAAGUUGGCUUCAAAGGCUUUAACAUUCCGAAGGAUCUUCAGCACAAGACCGCUCAAUUUACAUACGAAGGAAAGCCGGCAGAGCUAAGACAUGGGGAUGUCGUCAUUGCCGCGAUUACAAGCUGCACGAAUACAUCCAAUCCCUACGUGAUGCUUGGAGCUGGACUAGUUGCCAAGAAGGCAACGGAACUGGGACUCGAGGUUCGUCCCUGGAUAAAAACAAGUCUUGCUCCUGGUUCAGGCGUUGUUACGAAGUACCUUAUAAAAAGUGGUCUUUUGAAGUACCUUGAUAUGCAAGGAUUUAGUGUUGUGGGAUAUGGGUGCACUACCUGCAUUGGAAACUCUGGCGAGCUACAUGAGGCUGUGGCUACAGCGAUAGCGGAUAAUGAUAUUGUUGCUGCAGCGGUCUUAUCGGGAAAUAGGAAUUUCGAAGGACGGGUGCAUCCCUUAACGCGGGCCAACUAUUUGGCUUCUCCUCCUCUGGUUGUAGCUUAUGCAUUAGCAGGAACGGUAAACAUCGACUUUGAGAAGGAACCCAUCGGUGUUGGCCACUCUGGGAAACAAGUUUUCUUGAGAGACAUUUGGCCAACGUCGGAAGAAGUCGCAAAAGUUGCAGAAGCUUCUGUGUUGCCCGAAAUGUUCAAGUCUACAUACGAAUCCAUCACGAAGGGCAAUACUAUGUGGAAUGACUUGCCUGCUCCUACUGGAGAUCUCUACUCAUGGGAUCCUAAAUCAACGUACAUUCACGAGCCGCCAUUUUUCAAGACCAUGACUCGAGAUCCACCCGGUGUUCAUGGCGUUCACGACGCAGCCGUUUUGCUAAAUCUCGGGGACAGUAUCACUACCGAUCAUAUUUCACCAGCCGGGAGCAUCCACAAAGACAGUCCGGCUGCCAGAUAUUUGACGGAAAGAGGCGUCGAGAGGAAAGACUUCAACUCUUACGGCAGCCGACGUGGAAAUGACGAGGUUAUGGUUCGUGGGACGUUCGCAAACAUCAGAAUUGUGAAUAAGCUGCUCAAAGGUGAAGUGGGACCAAAAACCGUCCAUCUUCCUUCUGGGGAAUGUCACUGGGUUUUCGAUGUGGCGCAGAAAUAUAAAGACGAAGGAAAGGAGAUGGUGGUUCUUGCCGGAGCAGAAUAUGGCAGUGGCAGUUCACGAGAUUGGGCAGCCAAAGGGCCCUUCCUUCAGGGAGUGAAAGCUGUCAUCUCUAAGAGUUUCGAGAGAAUUCACCGGAGCAACCUUGUUGGAAUGAGCAUCAUCCCUCUGUGCUACAAGAAUGGCGAAGACGCAGAAUCGCUUGGUCUUACUGGACAUGAAACCUUCACCAUCGAGCUGCCAUCCACGAUCGAGGAGAUCAAGCCCGGGCAGGACGUGCUUGUGAAGACCAACACGGGGAAGGAGUUUACUUGCACACUUCGCUUUGAUACGGAGGUUGAGAAGACUUACUUUAAUCACGGUGGAAUCUUGCACUAUGUGUUGAGGCAGCUACUUGGCAGUGCUUAGACUAAAGGACUCUUUUGUGAAUUUGGAAUAACGUGCUUUUAUUUCUCAAACAAAUCUAAGUGUAGUAACAUCCUUGCUUU